GGACCGGUUUUCAUUUCCGCCUAAACAUUGCCCUUGAUUUCCUCUAGGAGGUGAUAUGGAAAGUUAAGUGUCAAAAGGGUUCUGACUUUAGAAGAGCCUACUAUUUGGCAAAAUGGGGCUUCUGCCUGACGAAGCGAAAGUUUUGCCUCCUCCGGGGAUCGUCAACAGAAAUUCGGUGUGGUUCGGGCUGUUAGGCUGGGCGACCGCGAUGCUACACAACAGUUUAAACCGCAGGCCUGCGCUCAAAGCUGGUGUUCACCGCCAAGCGCUGUUCAUAACUGUUGGAUGGUUCAUUGGUUAUCAUCUCACAAAGUAUGAGAAUUAUAAAUAUGCCACAUUGGACAGGGACAUGAAUGAGUACAUCCGACUUCAUCCUAAUGAAUUUCCAGAGAAAGAACGGAAGACAUUUGCUGAAAUCGUGGAGCCAUUUCAUCCAAUCCGUUGAAAGGAUGUAGUUGUCACAAGGAAUGUGAAGACUAUAGUUGCAAAUCUGGUUGAACAGACUUAACUGUUAAAAAUACUCUUAUAUUGAUUUAUAAAGUUGUGUUCUCAAUGUCAUUAAAAUGUUUGAAAAAACUUUUUUUUUUUUUUAUGUGUUUUUAAUGUUUUUUUCCGAUGCACAAUCAGUUUUUACAGUACCAGAUUAUUUUAAGUGUAUGGAUAGUCAACAAAAGAUCACUAUUUACUCACCCUCAAAAUAUGCAACAAACUCUCCAAAAUGUAUUAAAUAAUUUGUAUUCUGUGAAAGAUACGCAGUUUAGAAUGACAGUAUGUUCAUUUUUGUAAGAACUGCUUCUUUCACGAUUUGAGUUUAGUCUUGAACGUGUGAUUAUGUAGGAUACUGAUUAUGCAUUUGAUGUCCUUUAAAGUGUUUGGCAUAAUGUCAGAAAGCAUGUUGCAAGGACAGCAUCAACAAGACCAUCAGAAUCUUUAAAAUGACUGUACAAAUUAUUGUGACAGCACUGAACAGCAUGGCAUUUGAGUCUGUGCUUUCAUGUCACAAAUGAUUUCAGCUAGACUUUGGCAUGGAUGUUGUACCGAUAGCCUGUCUCAUGCAAUAAUGAGCAAUCCCAGGAGUUUUGCAACAGAUUCAGAUGCUUUUGGAUGGAUUUACUUUGGAUGGUUUCAUCCACUUCUCAUUUGUCCUAAAUUCACAAUUAAAAAGUGACUUAUUACAGUAAAAGGAGCAAUUUAACCAAUAUUAUUACAGGACUUUAUGUCAAGGUACAUUCUGUGUGUAUGGCAGGUUUUUUUUUUUUUACAUUUUUGUUAAUUGAAAUAAAGCUAAAAUAAAAUAAUGGUAGACAGAUAAACUCAAACUAGAAAUGUUACUUUGGCAACUAACUAAUAUAACUAAAACUGAAAUAAAAAGUCUAAUUUUAAAAAAUAGUGUUAAUAAUGGCAAAAGCUGAACAAAGUUACUAAAAUGAAAACAUAAGAAUAAAAGCUAAUUCAAAAUGUUAGUAAAACUAUAUGUUAUAAAUAAUACUAAAGUAACACUGGUGUACAUACCGUACAGUAAUUUGGCCAUAUUACAUGAAAAGUCUUUUUAUUGGCUUUAAUUUGUUGCAUCUCCAUGUUUUCAUUAGCAUAUGUUCUUGUUAUUUUGACUGACAGUUUCAUAUGUGAAUUCCUUUUACAAUGUAUGAUAUGGAAAUUAUGUACAGUUACAUCAAGUGAAGGUCUUUAAAGUGUUUCAGUUAUCUUAUGUAUGUAAUGUACAAAAUCGUGUUCAUUAAAAAGCAAAUCACAUAACUUACACGGCAACCUCUAAUAUUUGAGGAAAGCAGUUUGUCUUUUAAAAUAUAGAUAUGCAUUGUACAA